UAUAUUGACGUCGUUACCAAGAUGACAUUGAGUGCAACGCUCAAGUGAACUUUGUUUUGUUUUAUACAGUCAUUGAAAAACUGUUUAUUUAAGGGGCAGGAGUUAAAAAACGUGACCGUAAAGUUGAGGAGAAAGCAGAAAGGCAGUGUAUGGGAAAUAUUUUUCAGAAAAGAGAUUUGUAAAGGGCACAUUUACCUAGCUAGAUGUGGCUUUUACGGGAUGAAAAACGGAGAAUAAGGCGUGCAAAGCUCUUCAGUUAUUUCCCCUUCUUGUACUCGCUGUUCCCCAACAGCAAUCGUCGGGGUAGCUACGAUUUAGAGAAAAGACGUCGACAAGAGAAUGUCAUCAUUCCUUCCGGAAGUAACUGCAAGAAAACAUUUCCUCCUCCGAAAGAUGACAUGGAAGAAAAGUUUUUAAUGGCACUUUAUGAUGAGGGGCUUCUCAAAACAAACUUUAUCAUCAAAGACGGCAGCAAGAAACGCAAACGAGAAACGAUGGUCGUCUUUGUCAAAUUUGAUCACCCGGUUAUCGAAAUCGGCCUCGGAUUUACCAAUAGAGAGCUUGCUAUGACAGACAGAUUCGAGAAAUAUCGCUGCUUCAUGCCAAACAACGAAUUGGAAAUUGACGGCACCUGUCGAGUUUCCAUCGAAAUUAAACAAGAGCUUCCCAGGAGACAUCGUGGAAAAUCGCAAAGUCGUAUUGUGUCAACGAUGAUCGAUAUCUAUGACCCGGAAGUUGAAAAUCAUCUGCUUAAGAAGUUUAGGAGACGUCGGAGGAGACGUCGCUCAAUCUUUACGCGAAAAGGACAACACGGACUAGUCCGCCCACCGCCAACUAAACCAGUUUUGAUUGGAGAUAAUUUGGCGGCCGAGAAUAGGUUAAACCCAAGGUUCAUGAUGCCACAUCAGACACCCGAGGAAUUACGAGUCAUGAUGCAUGUUAUGACGUAUAGGAUGGGGGAGCUGGGCGAGCAACAACGAUUCUACAGAUACCGACAGGGGCCAGUUCCGGCAGACUAUGUGUUACCGAACAAUCUAAACGAUGUUAGCCAAAGAGAAACAGACAGGCAUUUUCCACGGCGCCCAACUGUACCACGGAGCGUGCACAGAAGCGGGAGUGACCCGGAUCAGCCGUUAGAUAACCGACGUGUAAUACCUGCUGUCUUUGAAUUUGAGGAGUCAGAUAUGUUUCAUCUAUAAAUAAAACCCGGAUGUCCGAGAAAUGUAUAAAAUAUCAUCUAUAAACCUGGAUUUGUUUUGACCUUUUUUUGGAAUAUUUAACAUGUAACCUAAAUAGAAAUGUUUUUUUCAUUUUUGUUACCUUUAAAAGCUUGAACUUGAAAAUCAAAACGAACUGUUAAAUUAUAAAUCGUUUUGAAUAUUUUUGAAAAUUUGCUCUGGAUAUUUUUCUGUGAAGUUUAAAAUUAAAAGUAAAAUAAAUGCUUUAUAAAGUCUA